CCAGACCCCGCCGCCAGACCUCCAGCGCCGCCCGCCGCCCCACGUGACCGCGCCGACCCUCCCGUCCCAGCUCCACAGCAGUGAGUUGGGGUGCGUCCCCCUCCACCCCCAGACCUUCGCCGAGCAGCGCGGUCUACUGAACCCAGGUGGGGAGGAGACCCCAUGAAGGAGGGCACUGAGAUGGGGGUCACCACGCAUACUCCUGAUGGUUCCCCGAAGAGCCAUCUCGAGGGUAACGAUCCGGACCAGCCCCGCCUCCGGUUGGACCUCCGAGGAGAGUUGAGGGACCUGGUGACUCCCGUGACCCCACCUUACCCAGGCCCGCUCGUCAUGGCCCGCUUCGCAGCCCUCUUCUUGGCCCUGCUGGCGGGAGCUCACGCCGACGCCGAGAUUCCCGGCUGCAAGAUCCGCAUCACCUCCAAGGCGCUGGAGCUGUUGAAGCAGGAGGGACUGCGCUUUCUGGAGCAAGAGCUGGAGACCGUCACCAUCCCGGACCUGGGAGGCCGCGAGGGCCACUUCUACUACAACAUCUCCGAGGUGAUGGUCACAGAGCUGCAGCUGACAUCCUCUGAGCUCCAUUUCCAGCCAGAGCAGGAGCUGGUGCUACAGACCAGCAAUUCCUCCUUGGGGCUGCGCUUUCGGAGACAGCUUCGCUACUGGAUCUUCUAUGAUGGGGGCUAUAUCAACGCCUCUGCCCAGGGUAUAUCCAUCUACACCGCUUUGCAGCUCUCCCGAGAUCCCACUGGCCGGAUCAAAGUGGCCAACGUCUCCUGCCAGGCCUCUGUCUCCAGGUUGUAUGCAGCCUUCGAAGGAACUUUCAAGAUAGUGUAUGAAUUCCUCUCCACAUUCAUCACCUCAGGGAUGCACUUCCUCCUCAACCAGCAGAUCUGCCCAGUGAUCCACCAUGCAGGGAUGGUGCUGCUCAACUCCCUGCUGGACACUGUGCCUGUGCGAAGUUCUGUGGACAAUCUCGUUGGCAUUGACUACUCCCUCGUGAAGGACCCCGUGGUCUCCACCAGCUGUAUGGACAUGGAGUUCCGGGGGGCCUUCUUUCCCCUGGCCCAGGGGAACUGGAGCCUGCCUAACCGGGCAGUGGAGCCCCAGCUGCAGGAGGAGGAGCGGAUGGUGUACGUGGCCUUCUCUGAAUUUUUCUUCGACUCCGCUUUGGAGAGCUACUUCCAGGCGGGGGCCCUGCAGCUGUCGCUGGUGGGGGACAAGGUGCCCAAGGACCUGGACAUGCUGCUGAGGGCCUCCUACUUGGGGAGCAUUGUCUUGCUGCAAAGCCCUGCGGUGAUUGACUCCCCGUUGAAGCUGGAGCUGCGUGUUGUGGCACCACCGUACUGUACCAUCAAGCCCUCCGGCACCACCAUCUCUGUCACUGCCAGUGUCACCAUCGCCCUGGUCCCACCCAACCAGCCUGAGGUCCAGCUGUCCAGCAUGAUCAUGGACGCCCGUCUCAGCGCCAAGAUGGCCCUCCAGGGGAAGGCGCUGCGCGUACACCUGGACCUGCGCAAGUUCCGCAUCUACUCGAACCAGUCUGCACUGGAGUCACUGGCACUGAUCCCGCUGCAGGCCCCUCUGAAGACUAUGCUGCAGUUUGGGGUGAUGCCCCUGCUCAAUGAGCGGAUCCGGCGUGGGGUGCAGAUCCCACUACCCGAGGGGAUGGACUUUGUGCGAGAGGUGGUGACGAACCACGCGGGCUUCCUCACCAUCGCGGCUGACCUCCACUUUGCCAAAGGGCUGCGAGAGGUGAUUGAGAAGAACCGGCCUGCGAACACCAUGGACUCCGGGGCUUCUUGGCGAAUGCAGACCCCUCAACCUCCUACACCAGAGCAGCAUGGGGUGGGGCCAAAGCCAGAUUCAAAUCCUGACCCUCCCAACUAUAGGACCUCAGGCAAGUGACUUCACUUCGUGGCGUUUCAGCUCCCCCACCCCCCACCCCCGCCCUGUUUCCUCUGCCUUGCCACACUGCUCCAGGGCCCCUGAGGCUGCUGGUGCACCCAGCUGUGCUGCCCCUACUCACCUGUGCGCCAAGCAGCUUAAGGUACUGGGAAUCCAUGCUUUGGUAGAGACGGCGAUACUGUAUAUUCACAAGGAAGCUGCAGGAGCACGCGGGCAGGCCCCGGGAAGACCAGGCAGGGGGAGAAAGAGAGUCAACAGAUCAGACCUCCUCUCCUGUCCCCAGGCUCUAGCCUAGGAGGCAGGCAGCUUCUCUAGCUGGGGCUGGGAUUCAGAGGUCCUCGGUCCCCUCCAUUUAGAAAUGCAUAGGGACACUUUGGUUGUCUCAAUGACUGGAUGCGACUGGCAUUUAGAGCACAGUGGCUUGUAGGUGUGGGAACUACAGCAUGUAACCGUAGGGCAUGGGCACUGACCAAUCGAACAGGGACCCAAGUGGCCCCUGCUGUGCCGCUCGUCACCUUUACUCACAGGGGGUCAACUGAGAGCUGAGCUGCUGGGGAUGGCAUUGGAGUGAGGGUGAGGGGGGAGCUGGGAGUGUGUCUACUUACUAAAUGCCAUGGAAAUAACCCAUAUUUUAACCACGUGGCCAUUUAAGAAUGAACUGGAUGAAAAUCAGCUUAGGGUUUAAACACCCUGUAAAACAACUCACUGUUGCCCCGAGUGCCAAAAGAUCCCGGGGAAUUUUUCUGAUGCCCACAAGCCCCAACAGGCUAGGCUGCCCACCCCCCGCCAUUAGCAGCCACAGAACCUCACUUGCACAUGUCCCAGCCAGGCAGUUGCUCGGGGAUGUGGAGGGCCUUCCGCACAAAAGGGUUGUUGAGGUAGGUGGAGGCGGCUGUGGUGUUGGUGCAGGGGGGGUCCAGGUGUACCCUAUUCCCGGAACGCAGCAGUGCCUGAGGGGCACAGACAGAAUCAGGACCUUCGCUUCCCUGCCCUGCCCCUCUCGCCCCCAAGAAGAAGCCCAGACCCUUGCACACCUGAUGCAACAUCCGCUUGAUUGGCAGGCGAGUGAAGAUGUUGCCAAAAUCCUGGACCACGACAGUAUCCUUCUCAUACCUGCAAGAGAAGUGGGGGGAUAUGUGCUUGAGCCUCAAGACGAGGCUGCGGUCGGCCCAACGGGCACCCAGCAGCUCUUACCUUACAUGGCCUGGCACCCCCCCAGCACAUGGGGCGUAGAGGUUGUAGAUGUUGAGACCAGAGCUGGCCACGAUGUGAGACACUUCCUGGAGCUGCAAAGGCACACCGAGCCACCAUGCUUUACGAAAACCUGGCUUCCCGCGACAUCAUCAACUUGUCCCAAGAUUUCGCGCUUUCCUACCUCACCCUGUCAUUACCCUCCCCCUACUUUUUUCACACAUAGGGAAACUGAGGCUCGGUGGAAGGAAUCAGCCAGACCUGGGUUCAAAUCCUAGUGCUCCUACUUCCUAGCACUGUGACUUCAACGUUCCCGGCCUCAGUUUCCUUAUCCAGAAAAUGUGAAUAAUGUAUCUCCCUUGAAGAUUAUAUGAUGUGCCCUGACACCGUUCAGCAGUCCUGGCACAGGGCAGGUGGUUGAUAAGAGACCUUUCCCUCCUGGGGUGACAGGAUUUACCCAGAAAAUCACAGGAAGGGGUGAUGGGUUGGCACCCAUAUUCAUGUGUCCCAGAGAACCCCAACUGCUGAAGGAAGCAGGAUGGGACAACAAUAGGGGCGGGGGCAGGGAGUCCCCCAGGAGGAGAUGUGGUCCCGUUCCCGAACUGGGGGCACCAGGGAUGACACGUGGUGGGGGCAGGACCUUACACUGUUCACACAUUCUUGGUCUUUGUUGUCGUAGAAGUUGCACUUGUUUUGAGAGCAGCAGUGGGUCUGCAGGGAAGACCAGAGCCUGUAUAGGAGAUGAGAGUGAAAGUGCUUAGAGACCCACCGUGGGCAGGAAAGGCAAGAACCCCACUUUCUCCUUCCAACCUCCCGUGGUGACCAGACCCCAGGGGAGGAGGAAAUAUGUCACAGGGUGUGGUAUGUAGGUCCCCAACCUAGCUGCCCCUGGGCCAUCCUUGGUCCCUUUAAAUUCUAAUCUCCAGUCUUAGGCCUUUUAGCACCAGACCCUUCUAACAAACCCAGCCCCCAUCUUCUGCUCAUAAACCAGGGUAGGACUCAGGAUAUUAUGUGCCUGGAGGGUAGACCUGAGAUCUUGGGACCCUGUCCCACCCUGAAGAUUGCCCAGCUUCCCCCUUCCCAUACCUGUUCCCCAGGAGGCCAUGGUAGUAGGCAAAAUAGACGAGAGAGUUGUCAUUCUGUUCAUAGGAGGAGAGUCCAUUGCCCACGGCCAGCCCCUGUGAAACAGUCAGGGCAUCCAGCUCAGCGGGAGGGUGAGGAGAAGGAGCCACCCUUGACCUACACCCAGACCUUCAGCAAUAUGGAAACUGAAACCCAGGGUGGUUUGUGGGGGUGUGUGGGUGGGGGAGGCCACACAACAUAGAGAACAGAGCUGGCAGCCCGACAGUGAGUUUCCUGUCACGGGAGGCUGCUCAUGGUAAGGGUGUUAUGAAGGCGUCUGGGUUGGAUGGGGAAGUUGACCUGUUUGACCUCCCUGACCAGGAAGCUAUGACCACCUUUCCCCUUUCCCCCCUGCAGCAGUCUUGCACCUGAAGGUUCAUGCUGGGGUCCUGCAUGACCAACACAGCCAGGGUGGGGAUGUAGAUGCCGGCAUAGCUCUCUCCCGUCAGGAAAAGCUCAUUGUCCUUGUACUCCGGGAAGAGGCGGAAGAAAUCUUGAAGGGCCUCAAAAUUACUCUGUGCGACCUGGGGAUGGCAGGAUGGAGGGGAUCCGGAGACUUUGGUAUGUGAGCUGGAAUCUCCAGAUACUGACACCAACCCACCCUGUUUGUGCAAGAGGAAGUGGCUUCACAGUGACAAGAUCACACCGGGUAGCAUUUAACAGCCAAAAAUGGACUCCAAGGCCAUGGUCUUUCCCUGUAUCAUGCCACCCUUAGAAAGCCAGGGAGGCUGGGCACACGGGCAGGACUCACCUCAGUGUCAUUAGUUGCAUAAAACUUGUCUUUGGAGUAGGAAAAGCCCACCCCGGCUGGGGACUCGAGGUACAGCACGUUGGCAAUCUAGAGGGGAGGAGGAAAGAGCUGAAGAGGGCGCCACACCCCGUCCAAGGGCCCAGAUAUCCCGCAGGACCCACAGCACCGCCCAUACCAGGUUCCAAGAAUAGGGGUUGUACUCCAGGGUGACACCAUCUGGUUGGACCUGAGAAGGAAAGAUAUGGCUGAUUAAGUCCCAAGAGCCAACUGGGUGGAGGCAAAGGGCCACCCUGUCAAGCCGAUGGUACAGAAAAAUAAACUUAGGCUCAGAAAAAAGG